GUGCAAUCAUCUCAACAAUUCCAAGCUCGAACCCUAUAAACACUAAUCCGCCGUCUCUGUCAAUGGCGGCCGCUGCUUCCGCCUCCGCCUCCCCACCCAUCACCAACAACACCCCUCUCCGCACCAACCCCAAGCUCAUCUCACGAUCCACUCUUCCAUUCCCCCAUCACUCCACCCCCGCUGCCUCCCGCUCCCGCCGCCCUCUCCUAAUCUCAAGCGUCCUAUCUUCCCCCAAACCCAAGACCCCCGACCACGACUCCCGAUUCGCCCCCGACCAGCCCCGCAAGGGCAGCGACGUCCUCGUCGAGGCGCUCGAGCGCGAGGGCGUCACCGACGUCUUCGCCUACCCCGGCGGCGCCUCCAUGGAGAUCCACCAGGCCCUCACCCGCUCCCACAUCAUCCGCAACGUCCUCCCCCGCCACGAGCAGGGCGGCGUCUUCGCCGCCGAGGGCUACGCCCGCGCCUCCGGCCUCCCCGGCGUCUGCAUUGCCACCUCCGGCCCCGGCGCCACCAAUCUCGUCUCCGGCCUCGCCGACGCCCUCCUCGACAGCGUCCCCAUGGUCGCCAUCACCGGCCAAGUCCCCCGCCGCAUGAUCGGCACCGAUGCCUUCCAGGAAACCCCAAUUGUCGAGGUAACUAGGUCAAUUACCAAGCAUAAUUAUCUCGUCUUGGAUGUUGAUGAUAUUCCUAGAAUUGUCAAGGAAGCCUUCUUUAUUGCCCGAUCUGGUAGGCCCGGCCCUGUUCUCAUCGAUGUUCCCAAAGAUAUUCAGCAGCAAAUGGUGAUUCCGAAUUGGAAUCAGCCUAUGCGCUUGACUGGUUAUCUGUCUAGAUUGCCUAAGCCUCCUAGCAAGAUGUUGUUGGAGCAGAUUGUUAGGUUAGUAUCUGAUUCGAAGAAGCCGGUGCUUUAUGUAGGAGGGGGUUGUUUGAAUUCGAGUGAGGAAUUGAGGAAAUUCGUCGAGCUUACUGGAAUCCCCGUGGCAAGCACGUUGAUGGGGCUCGGUUCCUAUCCUGGUUCGGAUGAGGAUUUUGCCUUGCAAAUGCUGGGAAUGCACGGGACUGUAUACGCAAAUUAUUCAGUGGACAAGAGUGAUUUGUUGCUUGCUUUUGGGGUUAGGUUUGAUGACCGUGUGACUGGUAAGCUUGAGGCAUUUGCUAGUCGGGCUAAGAUCGUUCACAUUGAUAUUGACUCGGCUGAGAUUGGGAAGAAUAAGCAGCCUCAUGUGUCGAUCUGUGGUGAUAUCAAGUUGGCCCUUCAAGGGCUGAAUUCGAUACUUGAGGAGAAUGUGAGGGGUGGUGGUGUUAGUUUCGACUUUGCAGCGUGGAGAGAUGAGUUGAAGGAGCAAAGGAUCAAACACCCCUUGAGUUUCAAGACAUUUGGAGAUGCAAUUCCCCCUCAAUAUGCGAUUCAGAUGCUUGAUGAGUUGACGGGGGGAAACGCUAUCAUUAGCACUGGCGUGGGGCAGCACCAGAUGUGGGCUGCACAGUUUUACAAGUACAAUAGGCCGAGGCAGUGGCUGACCUCGGCUGGUCUUGGCGCCAUGGGAUUUGGUCUCCCUGCAGCCAUUGGAGCUGCUGUCGCGAGACCUGAUGCUGUGGUGGUGGACAUUGAUGGUGACGGGAGUUUCAUGAUGAAUGUUCAAGAGCUGGCCACGAUAAGAGUGGAGAACCUUCCUAUCAAGAUCAUGCUGUUGAAUAACCAGCACUUGGGCAUGGUGGUCCAAUGGGAAGACCGUUUCUAUAAGGCCAACCGCGCUCACACAUAUCUAGGAAACCCGGCAGAUGAGUCACAGAUAUUCCCCAACAUGCUCAAGUUCGCAGAGGCUUGCGACAUACCAGCAGCCCGAGUGAGUAGGAAGGAAGAUCUGAGGGCGGCGUUGCAGAAGAUGCUGGAUACCCCCGGCCCGUACUUGUUGGAUGUGAUUGUCCCUCAUCAAGAGCAUGUGCUGCCUAUGAUUCCCAGUGGGGGCGCAUUCAAAGAUGUGAUCACUGAAGGCGAUGGAAGAACUAAAUAUUGAGCUCGGUAAGGAUAUGCUUCGUAGCAUCUUUGAUCUUAUUUUGUGUUGUUAGUGUUUUUGUAUUUAGGUGAGUUGGAAAGGUUGAGACUUGAAACACAUAUGUUGUCAGCAAGUAUUAUGGUAUAAUGUACUUUGGCUGUAGGGUGUAAUAAAUGCUACUAUCAUGUAUGUAAGAUUUUAGGGGAGCAGCAAUGCAUGGAUUGUUUGUUUUUAAUCUAUAUAUGAUGAAAUGCAUCAAGUUUAGUAAUC